GAUCGGUCUCACCAUGGCUUUUGGAAAGCGAGUGGCUGAUUAUGGAUAUCGGGCCUUUUCUGGAUCAAUGAUGCUGCUGACGGUCUAUGGUGGUUACCUGUGUGUAUUGCGAGGAUACCGCUAUAUGCAGAAACAGAAACAGCUCCAGAUUUCUGCAGAAAACCAGGACACAGAAGUGAUGAAAGACUAGAUGGACUACUUUCAGUUUUCAUUGAAAUUGUUAUUCUUGUUUGGUUUGACCAUGACAAAGUCUUGAAGAUUUAUCUAUGGACACAAAUCUACUGUAAGUCAUGGUAAUGCCCAUGCCAAAGGUAGUUGAAUUGUUUCCGUUGCAUACUAAAUUAUUGUAACUAUGACGACAAACAGUUUAAAAGAGUGUACCAGUGGUGAAAAUAUUGCCAAUCAUAUCUGUUUUAUGAACACCAAUUGUCCUCAAUAAUUGCAAGAUGAUAUGAUUGGUUGUAAAAUAAAUAAUAAUUGUCAACCAAUAAA